CAUCCUGGACUUGAAGGAACUGGUGGAGAGGCAGGGAGGGCGGUGACUGUCCUUGAGUGCGGAGGGGCGAGCUCGCCGCCGCCGGCCAGCACCGAGCCACAAAGGGAGCGCCCCCGCCACCUGGUACGCCACCUCCCUCCCCAAUGUCCUUGGCCAUCGAGAGGAAGAGCCUGGAUCCAUCUGAGGAGCCCGUGGAUGAGGUGCUGCAGAUCCCCCAGUCCCUGCUGACAUGUGGAGGCUGCCAGCAGAACAUCGGGGACCACUACUUUCUGAAGGCCAUCGACCAGUACUGGCACGAGGACUGUCUCAGCUGUGACCUCUGUGGGUGCCGGCUGGGCGAGGUGGGGCGGCGCCUCUACUACAAGCUGGGCCGCAAGCUCUGCCGGAGGGACUAUCUCAGGCUUUUUGGCCAAGAUGGUCUCUGCGCCUCCUGUGACAAGCGGAUCCGUGCCUAUGAGAUGACGAUGCGGGUGAAAGACAAGGUGUAUCACCUGGAGUGUUUUAAAUGUGCUGCCUGCCAGAAGCAUUUCUGUGUGGGCAACAGAUACCUGCUCAUCAACUCCAACAUAGUGUGUGAACAGGACAUCUACGAGUGGACUAAGAUCAAUGGCAUGAUCUAGGCAUCUCUGGGAGGUGCUCCACCAAAGUCACUGUCUCCAGGGGGUCUUCAC